AUGGCGGGGCCUCAUCCCGCCGGUGGCGAUAAGGCCGGACUAUUUUCUAUUUUAGUUGACAAAAGUACCGAUAUUUCAGACACAAAAUUAAUGUGCGUACUGGUGAAAUAUUUUUGCAGUAUUUUAAUACAUAAAUUAUUUGAAAAUAGCAGAAAAUUAAUUCACCAAAUAGGCCGAAAUUUCAUCAAAAUUGAUGUGCUAAAAAACAUAGAAUCUUUGGAUGUAGAUAAUGUAGAAAAUAUUCAAAAUAUCGAAAAUAUUUAUACAGGACCGGAAUGCGAGAAUUGUUUAGAAUCUCUAGAAGUAGAAUCUGCCCGACAAAUUCGAAUAAAUUGGUUGAAUUAUUAUAUUACUGCAGUUCGAGAGAUGCUUAUACAAUUAGCUUUUGAAUGGCGAAUUUCACCAUCUUUUUUUAAUGACUAUGGUAAAAAAGAAUUAAUUGCAUUAAGUUUAGAUAAAAUGUGGAAACAUAAUUUAGAUUUUAUAAAUUUCGAUGUGGAGCAGAUGUUUUCAAAUUUAAAAUCACUAGUUGAGAUAAUUCUUUCUUUAUCCCACUCAAACGUCGAAGCCGAGCGUAUAUUUUCGAUUGUAACUGAUGUUAAAAAUAAAAAGAGAAACCAAUUAUCUAACGAUAUGGUUUCAUUAAUUUGUGUAGUCAGAUCCAGUUUUCAAACAAAAACGAUUAAUUGCACUAAUUUCGAAGCAGGUUCUCGACAUUUUGAGCUGCAUAACACGCAAAAUUUGUAUGAUGAUAAAUGGACAUCUAACAGUUUUUAAU